GGAGAAGGAACGGAGGAAGAGGAGGAGGAGGAGGAGGAGGAGGAGGAGGAGAAGGAGGAGGAGGACGACGAUGGCGACGAGGACACGAGCGCAGAAGGGGCAACGACCGACGAGGCGACAACGCCCCUCCUUCUGUCGGUGCCCACGGCAGCGAGCUCCGCGCAGCCUCUGGACGAUGAGCUCUCACGUCGCCCAGCUCCGUGUCCCUGCGCCCCCGCGGUGCGCUGCCCUCUUCGCCCCCCUCGGAGAGGGGCAACCGCACUGGCCUGCACUGCGGCGCGCGAAGCGCGAUCAUCUUCGCGACCCCCCGCGGGUGACCUGGACGACGGUGCACCCGAUGAGUGCGCGGGCGGAUGUUAGACAAAUAUGGCCCCCUCUCUCCCCAAGCAAGCGGCGAGCGGGCGCCGACGCCGUGGCUUUGGGCCAAACUGCUGCCACGGGAGACACGCCCGCCAGGGGCAGCGGCGGCCACAGCCCUCAGAGUGCCACCCACGCGCAAAGAAGUGGCCCGGUGCGGUGCCCUGGCCGCUGCACAGAAAGAUCUCCGCAGGGGAACAGCAGAUCCGACGAUGUCGUGGUCCUCCCUUCUCUUCGAUUGACACACGGGCAACCAGCAAUCUUUGC